AUGAAUUCAGCAAAGUAUCUUUUGACCACUAGUAAGAAAUUGGCAAGUGUUCCUGAAUUAAGAAGUAGUAGAAGUGUAUCAGUUAAAUUGCCUUCGCCACCUUAUUCAAAGAGAAGAAACAGCGCAAAAGUAGUACAUGAUAGAAUUGAACCCAUGGUGCUAAGAUCUCCACCAACAGGAGGAUCUGUUGUGCAGUACGCUUUGCCUAUUCCAUCAAGUAGGAUAAAGGACAUUUUAGCAGAAGAUGAGAUGCUUGUGAAAAUUACCAGACAUCUGAAGUCGAUUGUUGCUACUUUGGAAGAUGCCUAUGGAGCUGACAUUCAAAGCAUACCAAAAGCAUUUGUGAGGUCUGAUCAGGAAGACUUGUGUUUAUCUGUUGGGGAUGAUUUGAGUUCGUUCUUGACGAGUUGUUCACAUUUGGCAGAACAGCUUGAAGCAGCAGUUAAGGAAGAAGAUACAAUUUUGGAAUCUCUUUUUAAGUGGUUUCAGUGGCAGGUCAAUCAAAUGGAGGAGAUAAGUAAAGAUAAAACAUUUUCAGAAGCAGAGUUUCAUAAGGCUGACAAAGAUGUCACUUUAAGUAUCAGACAAAUCGUAGGACGUGUACAAAAACUUGAAGAACUGAGAGUGCGUCUUAAAACAAAGACUGCACAGGCCUUCAAAGCCAUGUUGCAUAAACCCCCGGAGAAAGAAGUUAUCCCCGAAGAUUCGUCAGAAGUAGAGAGAAAGUAUGAACUCAUAGAGCACAAGAUAGAAGAAAAUUCUUAUUCAAUAACUCAUCGUUUGAAUAUCAUGUUGGAAAUAUUUGAAGACCAGGCAAAUAUGUUGGAGAGAGCUAUAAAUGAUCUAAGUGUAUUAGAAGCUAAAUACAAACAGAUGCAAAGUGAUUUUGAAGGGUUAUCAAGGGAGAAACUGAUGCUGGAAAAUGAACUACAAAAGUUGACAGAGACAGAGACGAUCAUUCCGAAAACAAAGCCUGGGAAGAAAACUGCAAAAGGGGAGAAGAAAAAAGACAAAAGAAAAUCUGAGGAUUUGGAAGAUAAGAAGUCUCCAGACAAAGAACUUAAAAUAAAAGAGGAUUUGCUUCAAGUCCAGAAAAUAGCACGUACUCUGGAGAUUGAGAACACAUUCCUAAAGGAACAGCUGAAACAGGCUUUAGAGGAAUCUGAACGAGUUAAGCAGCAACUUAACAAGCUCUUAAAUAAAGAAGAGGAGUUACCUAAAAGUGAGGGGAACACCAGCGCAACAGUGGAAAGGAGUAGCAGUCGAAUAAAAGUUAAAGGUGUAGAUUCAAAAAAUACACUAUUUGAGAAAGAAGAAAGAAAAUCAGUAGUUUCAGAUUCAGCUGGACCAACGGCAGAAGUUUUAAUCAAAGAACAGUCACAGGUGCUUUGGAGUUCAGCCAUGGAGAGGGGCCCUUGCAGGGUAUGGCAGCCUACAAUUUGUAAACAAUUAGGAAAAGCUGGUCCAACAAGCACUGUGGCGUUUGUUUUCAAAGAGGCUGGCUUGAAUGACAAGGAGAAUAAUCUUAACGGACAACAGUGA